AUGAUUUCCAAACCGGCUCUUGCGGCCACUGCGCUAGUCCUUGCAGGACAAAGUUCUGCCCAACUCGCCAAUGCUGAGGACGCCUUCUACACCCUACAAGGCUGGUAUAAUCCUGGCUCGGGUAUCUGGGACGGAGAUGGAUGGUGGAAUGGAGCAAAUGCUUUUACCGUUGUCGCGGAGCUAGCUACUGCUGCACAAACCAAAAAUGACUCGAGUGUCACUCAAUCGGUGACAAACAUUUUCGCAAACACGUGGGUGGUUGGUCCCUCAUCGAAUGCAAACCUCCCCGACUCAGAGAGGACCCUUGGUCAAUACGACUCGAGCAAUUCAUCAGUUUGGGGAGGUCCGGCUUAUGACGAUAACGGAUGGUGGGCGCUGGGAUGGAUUGCAGCAUACGAUGUGACCAAGAACGAAACGUAUCUCGAGCUAGCAAAAGGCAUGUUCGAUGACCUUGCCAACAACGCUUGGGGAACUCGAUGUGGAAACGCCGGAGUGUAUUGGAACUCGGAUCAUUCGUACAUAAACGCCAUUACCAACGAGUUGUUUCUUUCCAUUGCUGCGCAUCUGGCUAAUCGUGUACCCGAUAACUCGGCAUACUAUAUCGACUGGGCCGAGAAAGAAUGGAAUUGGUUUGCUACUAGUGGUAUGAUCAACGAAAACAAUACUAUCAAUGAUGGAUUGACCGAGCCUUGCACAAACAACCAGCAAACUGCCUAUUCCUACAAUCAAGGUGUUGUCCUUGGUGGUCUUGUUGAACUGAAUAAAGCCUCUCCCAACCAGUCCUAUAUUGACUCGGCCAAUACAAUUGCGCAGGCUGCUAUCAAGCUAAUGGCUGACUCAAAUAACGUUAUUCACGACACCUGUGAAGAUGAGGGUGGCUGCUUCCCAAAUGCUACCCAAUUCAAGGGUGUUUUUAUUCGCAACCUGUUGCUUCUACACCAGGCUUCGCCAAACGAUCUCUACGCAACUGUUAUUAAAGCAUGCGCUCAGAGUACUUGGGAUAACAACCGCGAUACCUCGACGAACGAGCUAAGCAUUAACUGGGCAGGCCCAUUUGUUAGCCCGACCAAUUCAUCUGCCCACAGCUCAGCCAUGGAACCACUCAUAGCUGCAAUUUACUUGUAG